AUGGCUGCCCCUACACAACUUAGAUCGUUAACUAAAACUCGUGCAAUUAUCAAAGGGAAUGUAACGCGGUUAAUCGGGUACUUCAGCGAAAGCGCGGAGGUGGACAUCGAUGACAUAGAAACGCGUAAAACAAAACUAGAGGAAAGUUAUCAAGCCUUUUUGAAAACUCAGUUAGAAAUAGAGAUACUGGCCGAAGACUCACAGCUUGAAUCAGAUCAGGAAUUGGAAAGGUCUCGAUUUGAGGAGCACUAUUUUAAGUGCGCAAAGGUUAUAAAUCAACGGCUUCGCGCGCUGUCAGUUAAUCAGACAACCUCUGAACCAGGUACUCCGUCUUCACAUUCGGGUUCUACUAGGAAUUCAAAUAUCACUAUCAAUCACGGCAACACGUUAUUGCCUAAAAUCGAAAUCCGUCCGUUUGACGGCAAUCCCAUAGAUUGGUACAGCUUCCAUGACACGUUUCAGUCAUUAGUACAUAACGAUGUUAAUAUUCCUGCAGUACAGAAGUUUUAUUUGUUAAAAAAUUCUCUGCGCGGUAGUGUAGCCACAAUAAUUGAGCCACUGACUGCAUCAGAAGAAAAUUACAAGGUAGCUUGGGAGUUACUUAAACAGCGUUGUGAUAGGCCACGUCAAAUAAUUCAGACACACAUAAGAGCGAUUCUAGAAUUGCCAGAAAUUACAAGGGAAUCUCCGCUCAAUAUACGAGCAUUAAAGGAGGCCGCAUUAAUGCAUGUCAAUGCCCUAAAGGCGCUAAAGGAACCCGUGGAAAUGUGGAACUCCAUCUUAACAUAUAUCAUAGUACGUAAACUUGAUAAAAAUACGCGGCGAGCGUGGGAACGCACCUUAGAAAACACGCAAAUGCCGAAAUUCACGGAAUUAGUCGAAUUCUUAAGCAAACAAGAGCGAGGAGAUGAUUCGGAAAUAUGUAAUAGUACGAUAGGAACUCAGAAUCAGAUUAAAUUCGAUAAACAUGCCAAUAAAGUGGGCAAAUCAUCGAGUCAUCGCGCUCAAUCAUUUAUAGGUACUCAAUCUCGAAAUGAAUGCAACUUUUGCAGUGGCACUCACAGUAUUUAUACAUGCGAAAAAUUCUUAAAAUUAAAUCCGCGUGAUCGAUCAAACGCAGCUAGAAACAAGCGACUAUGUGUUAAUUGUUUGCGUACCAAUCACCCCACUAAUAAAUGCUAUGCCCCUGGCUGUAAACUCUGUCACCGGAAACAUAAUACGUUAUUGCACUUCUCCGAAUCCCAUGCUCAAAUGAGGGUAGAAGAAGGUAGUAAAGGGGACUCGAAUUCGUCUAUUUCUAACGAUCAGGUAAAACAGGGCUAUGCAGUAACAUAUGAUUCCGAGGUAUUAUUGGGGACAGCUCGGGUUAAGAUUCUGGACAAACACAAUAAAGAACACGAAUGCAGGGUUUUAUUAGAUGGGUGUUCCCAAAGUCAUUUCAUUUCGCACAAUUUAGCACAAAAACUUCAAUUAUAUAAAGAAAAGAUCGAGCUGCCGUUUGCAGGGUUAGGUCAACUCACAACACGUGCAGAAUAUCGAGUAAGGACAAUAAUAAAAUCAAAAAAUAAUAACUUUCAAGCAGAGGCAGAAUUUGUUGCACUUCCGAAAAUCACAGGCAUGUUACCAUCGCGACGCGUCUAUCGUAAAGAACUAUUGAUUCCAAAUAACAUUAAGUUAGCAGAUCCAGAGUUCGAUAAGCCAGCGGAAAUCGAUGCCUUGAUCGGGACUACACUGUUUUACAAACUAUUAAAUAAUGGACAAAUCAGGCUAUCAGCUUCGUCGGACGUUAUACUACAAAAAACAUUGUUGGGUUGGAUAGUUGUAGGAGAAGUUUGUAAACCUCAAAUUAGUUCGCGCGGUAAAUCAUGUCAUUUGAUAACAUCUUUAGAGAAUCAGUUAACUCGUUUUUGGGAAAUAGAGGAAGUCCCGCAUAAAAAACAUCGUUCUAUUGAAGAAAUAAGAUGCGAAACUCUCUACGUAGAGACCACAACACGCGAUUCACAAGGGAGAUAUAUUGUACGCCUACCAUUCAACGAUAAAAAGAAUAACAUCGGUGAAUCUUAUAGCAGAGCGUUACAACGAUUCUAUUCACUUGAAAGAAGGCUAGCAAAGGACGUAACCUUAAGACAACAGUAUAGUGAGUUCCUAAGGGAAUAUCGCGAGUUAGGACAUAUGCGUGACAUUACACAAUACGAGGUUAAACAAGAAGGAUACUAUAUACCUCAUCACUCAGUGGUCAAGGAGGAUAGCUUAUCCACAAGGGUUCGCGUGGUUUUUGAUGCGUCAGCUAAAAGUUCGACAGGUGUCUCAUUGAACGAUGCAUUGAUGGUCGGACCUACUAUUCAAAGUGAACUAAUUUUCAUAAUAAUGCGAUUUAGAUUACAUAAUGUAGUAAUUACAGCUGAUUUGCAAAAAAUGUAUAGACAAAUUGAAGUUGAAAAUUCGGACGCAAUAUAUCAAAGGAUUUUGUGGAGAGAAUGUGAAAAUGAACCAAUUCGUACAUUUGAGUUAAACACAGUCACGCAAGGCACAGCAUCAGCGCCAUUCCUUGCAUCUAGAACUUUACAUCAGUUAGCGCAUGACGAAGGUAACGAAUUUUCUUUAGCCGCAUCAAGUCUAAAGGAUGACUUUUACGUCGAUGAUCUGCUCUCGGGGGCAAAAACUAUUCAAGACGCAUUAGAAUUAAAACAACAAUUGAUUCAGUUACUGAAACGUGGAGGAUUUGAACUUCAUAAGUGGGCCUCCAACAAAUCUGAACUACUUGGUGAAACAAAGAUUGAGGAUAAUUCAAACUCUAUUUGUUUAAAUGCUCAAUCUAGGAAGUUGUUAGGAAUUCACUGGGAUUCAGCCGAGGAUUUUAUAACAUACUCCAUAAACCCAUUCGCUAAGGAUAGACGCACGACAAAGCGUACGAUAUUAUCGCAAAUAGCACAACUGUUUGAUCCCUUAGGUUUAUUAGGCCCCGUAAUUACUCUAGCUAAACUUAUUAUGCAAGGACUAUGGAAAGCUAAGUUGAGUUGGGACGAAUCAUUACCUCAGGAAUUGCAUACAAAAUGGAUAAAUUUCAAGGGCGAGUUACAUUUGCUAAAUCAAUUUAAAGUAACGCGACAGGUUAUAUUAGCUAAUGCACAUGACAUCCAGUUACAUGGAUUCUGCGACGCAAGAGAUUCAUUAUCAAGCUUUCCUGAGCUUGAUCUUCAGGAUGUACCAAUCAGUAGACUGUCAAAAUGGAAACGGGUACAGCAAGUGAAACAACACUUUUGGAAAAGGUGGCACAAAGAAUACUUAAACGAGCUGCGUACCAGAAGCAAGUGGCAUCAAGGAGAUGGAACACGGAUUAAAAUCGGUCAACUGGUAACGAUAAAGGAGGACAACCUUCCUCCCAUGAAAUGGAGCAUGGGUCGCAUUGUAGCAGUUCAUCCAGGAGCAGACAACAUA